GGUGUUGUGAUCUUUGAUCAACAGCAACCAAUAUGGUUCAAGUUGAGCAACUCCAACAACAUGGUAAGUGUGUUCGUGCUCGCUCGAAGAAAAGUGUGCAUGGCUUCUCUAGCAGGUGUGCCUCUCUGGUGAAAGAGCAACGGGCCAGAAUUUAUAUACUUCGACGCUGCGCAACCAUGCUUUUGUGCUGGUACAUCCAGGGUGAUGAUUGAUCAUUAGAGGGGAGGGGACCCCUUUAUUGUCCCAAGUAUUGUUCCUUCCUGUUUCUCUCUGAUUGGGUACUUCGGAUUUCCUUCCCCGUUAUUCCCCUCCUCCUGAAAUAGCUCACUAUGUUCAUUUGUUGCGU